CAUUGACCACGAUUGACGCUCGAGCGCAAUAGCGUCGUUUUGUUGCAUAGACGCUGGUAGCUGGUAGACGCGCAGUUCGACUAGCGAACUCGGAGAUGAAUGUGGCAUUAACACAAGAUUCGUAACAACAGCAUUCAUCGAUUUGCGUGUUGUUGAUCGGUCGUGCAAGACCAAUUGGAAAACAUCCUCUACACAACACGAGACUCGUGAUUGGUCAGAAUCUUUCGAGCGAAGUAUCGAGUGUCAAGGAUCGAAUUACAAGGUGAAUAUGAGAAUGCGAUAAAUUUCAUGCGAAGGAUCGGCGUUUGACGACGUAAGGUUUUGUUUAUUUUCAUGCUCGAUCCCCGGGAGUCGAAGAGUUCGACGUAGCCUGUGUGCUAGUGAGCACGAGGCAGCUAAAGAUAGAGACAUUUAAUAACAUCAUUUUCGUAUUUUUACGAAUAAAUCACAAAAAUGUCCAAGCACGGAAGAGAUAGAGGUUAUGAUUCCCCAGAACCAUCUACUAGUGGUUCACAUCGUAGAAAACCUUAUGACAGGAGCUCAGAUUCGGAGCAUUCAUCAAGAAGAAGUGUUCAAAGUUUCAAAAGAGAAGCUGAUUAUGCUAUGCCAAGUACAUCUUGGCAGCAAUAUGAACCAAUGGAAGAUGUUAAAAGUGAAGCUGGAACUGACAUUAAAAGUGACAUUAAAAGUGAAAUUAAAAGUGAAGCUGGAAGCUCGACAACAGGCUCGGCACGUAGUCGACGUAAACUCGAACCUAUUUUUGUUAGUAGACCAAGUGACUUAGUAACUAAGAAAGGUACAUCUGGAGAACAUGUAAUGUUACAAUCAAAUCAUUUUAAAUUACCCACCGUUCCAAACUCAUGCUUAUAUCAGUAUCGGGUUGAUUUCGAACCCGAUGAACAGCGUACAUUUAUUCGAAAAGGCAUGCUUCGGUUACACAAAGAUAAAGUUGGCCAAUACAUUUUUGAUGGCACUAUUCUGUAUACGACUACUCUUUUACCAGAUAAAAUUGAAGUUACAACUAUGAGACAAUCUGAUAAUGUACCUGUCGAUAUUAAAAUAUGUAUGGUGGGAAAGAUGUCACCAGAUGAUCCACAUUACAAUAUAAUUUAUAAUAUAAUCAUGAGAAAGUGCUUGGAAUAUUUGCGUUUACAAUUGGUUGGACGUGAUUACUACGAUGCUAAAAAUAAAGUAAGUAUAUAUAAUUUUAAAUUGGAAUUGUGGCCUGGCUAUGUUACAUCUAUUAGACAAUAUGAAAAUGAUAUUCUAAUGUGCGCCGAAAUAUCGCAUAAAGUUAUACGUCAACAAACGCUGUUAGACAUGUUGGAAGAAUGUUACCAGAAAAACAGAGCAAACUAUAGGACUGAAUUCUGUAACAAUGUAAUCGGAACUAUGGUACUUACGGAUUAUAACAACCACACAUAUCGUAUUGAGGAUGUGGAUUUUGAUACAAACCCUGCUUCGUCCUUCACCAUGAAAAAUGAACAAGUAUCUUAUCAAGAAUAUUACAAAAAAAAAUAUGGUAUUAAUAUAACCAAGUCCACACAACCAAUGUUAGUAACAAGAUCGAAGCCAAAACAACGAAAUGCAGGUCAAGGAGACUUAGUUUACUUGGUUCCCGAAUUGUGCCGUGCUACAGGUUUGACUGACACUAUGAAAGAUAAUUUUCAUCUUAUGAAAGCAUUAUCUGCUCAUACUUGCGUCACACCUGAAACCCGUAUUGAUAAAUUGAUGAGAUUUAAUAGGAGACUUCGUGAAGAACCAAAAGUUAUACAAGAACUUAAGGAUUGGAAAAUGUCCUUGGAGAGCAAUUUGAUGCAAGUACCUGCCCGGGUGUUGCCUUCUGUGCCACUUUUAACAGGUAAUAAAUUAUAUAUUAAUAAAUCAAAUGAACAACCUGGACAACCUGGACAAUCCGGACAAUAUGGACAACGUGGACAAUAUGGACAAUAUGGACAAUAUGGACAAUAUGGACAACGUGGACAAUAUGGACAAUAUGGACAGCAUGGACAGCAUGGACAAUAUGGACAGCAUGGACAGCAUGGACAACAUGGACAACGUGGGCCAUAUGGGCAACAUGGGCGAGAUUUUACCAAGAAAGGAGAUUGGACAAGAGAUAUGCAAACAGCAAAGUUAUAUUCACAUAAGUCAUUAAGAAACUGGGUGGUAAUCACAUGUGACCGAAACUUCCACUCCACACAGAACUUUGUAAAGAUGCUACAGCAAGUGUCGAAUCAAAUAUCCUUCACCAUGGAGUCUCCUCAAAUCUUACCUUUACAUGAUGAUAGGGCGGGCGAAUAUACUAUGAAACUUGAAGAAGUUCUUAGUAAAUAUGUUCCAGAUUUAAUAUUCUGUGUAGUGAGCAAUAAUCGCAGUGAUCGCUAUGCAGCUAUUAAGAAGAAAUGUUGCAUAGAUCGACCUGUGCCAACACAGGUUUUUCUACAAAAGAAUUUAAAUGGAAGAAAUGCAAUGUCCAUUGCUACAAAAGUGGCAAUUCAAAUGAAUUGCAAAUUGGGCGGUGCUCCUUGGACAAUCGACAAUAAUAUAAAGGGUAUAAUGACUAUUGGUUUUGACGUGUGCCAUGACGCAAACACUAAGGGCAAAGAUUUUUUGGCUAUGGUAGCAACUAUAGAUUCAAAAUUGUCACGAUAUUACAGCUCCAUUAGCUUAUACAGCAGCAGUGAAGAUCUUGCAGAUCAACUCUGCGUUAAUUUAUGUAAGGCUGUGAUGGCAUAUCGCAAGAAUAAUAGUGCACUACCUAUGUACCUUUUUGUUUAUCGUGAUGGAGUAAGUGACGGUCAGGUUCGCCAGGUUUAUGAAAUUGAGGUAGAGAGACUGAAACAGAAGCUUGAAGAAAUGUAUUAUGGUCCUAACUUCAAGAUGAUCUUUAUCAUCGUGACAAAAAGAAUCAACGUUCGACUUUUUAAAAAUAAAAAUAAUCCACCGAUUGGUACAGUCGUGGAUGAUGUCAUAACAAAUCCGCUUAGAUACGAUUUCUUUCUUGUAUCACAGCAGGUCAGACAGGGUACAAUUUCGCCAACGUCAUACAAUGUUAUCUAUGACAAUACAGGCUUAGACGCUGAAGCAGUUCAAACUCUUACUUUUAAGUUAACUCAUUUAUACUACAAUUGCUCAAGUACUGUUCGUGUACCAGCGCCUUGUCAUUACGCACAAAAAUUCUCGUUUUUAGUAGCAAAAUUUCUUCAUCGGCCUCCAAGUUCACAGUUAGAAAAUCAACUCUUUUUCUUGUAACAAAAACGUUUAUUUUUUUUCCAAGUGUAUAUUAUAUAUAUUAUCAGGAUGUUUUCCAGUAAGAAGUUACAAACAUGUAAUUUGUUUCUACUGAUAUGUAAUUAAUUACUAAAGUGUGCAUUUUGAUAUAUCAAGAAUUUUUGGAUUUUAUAUUCAAUGUUCGCCAAUGAUUUGGCAGUGUUUCUUGAAAACAUCUUGAAUAUAUAUUAUAUACAUACAUGUAUGUAUAAGAUUUAAGAAAGUAUUAAAUGUGUUCAUGACUUUAUUUUAUAUUUACUCAGGAAAUCUUAAUGUACCAUGAAUUGUUCGAAAUAAGUAUUGAAAGCUAAUAAAAACAAUAAAAUAUAUACACAAAAUUAUA